AUCGUUUUGUUAACCAGUUAAAAUAUGCGUGUGUGCAUCCCUGUGUAACGUUAAAUCCUCGCCAACAGUCUAGUUACAGGCAAUGUUAGUUAGGACAUCGCUGUAUUUUUCCGUUACUACACACGAUAAAAUAAUUGACGCGAUAUCUAGCUACGUAAUUGUUUUUUGACCAUCUCUUUUUUUUCUGCACGAUAAAUGGACGUUGUUGGAGGGGUCCAGUAAUAUCAAUCGAUAUCCUAAAUCCAGAUUAAUAAUUGACAGUGUAGUCAGUCUGUCGGAGCGUGUAGCUGAUGUGAUAUAGUGAUAGUUAACGUUACGUUUAGGCCGUUUUUUGUGAUCCUGAUAGGUUAAAAUGUAUGCAAUACAAAGACAAGUCACUGAACAUUGAAUGAAACUCGCUUCAGUUCACGGGUCUGAUUUUUGUUCGAUUCAGAUUACCGUGAGAAGUGGAGCUAUCCCUACAACAACUCGUGUUGGACUGGUUUUAUCACUUUUUUAUUGGAGAGAACACCUCUGCUCUGCUUACUGACGGCCGGACAAAAGAAUGGAGGACAAGAGGAAAAAGAGGAGCCCCAAGGUUUCCCUUCCCCAACCCCCACCACCUCCGGUCAACCCGCGCAAACUGCCUGUCCUGCCGGCCAGCAAGAGUGCCACAUUCUCUUUGGGUUUCCCUCAGCCACCCUCCCCUAAACCGCGGGGCAAGCACAAGCGCUCCGUGGGAGCCUUGGGCAUAGCCAAAGAAGUCCUGACAGUACCCACAGUCCCUCCAAAAGCCACUAGACCCCACCGUGAGAAGCCUCGAGCCCCACAGCCCACCGGCCCGAGCUGUGUAGCACCAUCCUCCUCACCCCUCCAGCACACCUUCCUCACCGACGUCUCGGACGUGAGAGAGAUGGAGGGCGGCCUCCUCAACCUGCUCAACGACUUCCACUCUGGGAAACUGCAGGCCUUCGGUAAGGUGUGUUCGUUUGAGCAGCUGGAGCACGUGAGGGAGAUGCAGGAGAAACUGGCUCGUCUGCACUUCAGCCUGGACAGCCAUGUGGAGGAGCUGUCUGAGGACCAGAGGAAAAACGCAUCUGACCGUAACCUGGAGCACCUGCUCAGCAACCUCGAAGAGCUGAGCAGCUCCAUAAGUUACACCUGGCAGAGAAUCAGGACUUGUUCAAGACCUCUGGGCCCUGAAAGGAAGCACAAACCAAACCCACCAAGCAGCAUGACGGACUGCCUGGAGCUGCUGUUACCAUGGCUACAUCCCAACCGGCUAUGCUAAAACCACAGCUACUAUACCGAGCUUGCGGCCUGAACAAGAACCCACAGCGCACAAUAUCUGGCACAACGUCAAACGCCUUUCACGCUUAGACUUGCUGAGGGUUCUGGGGUUCACUCAGUUUGACUUCAAGUUUAGCCUUUGAUAGUCUCUUAGCCUCUCGAGGCUGAAAUAUGUCCAUUGGUACACUGUACAUCAUCACUGUUACAGUUUGACUAUACUAUACUAUAUGGAAGUGUGAUGUACUGCAUUACAGUGUGUAACAGGGCAUUGCCAUGAUAGCUACAGGUGACUGAACUGUUACACUGUGAUUGCAUUUACAUGCACUCAGUAAUCCAAUCAUUUUUGAAUUUCUGGAGUUGAUAUGAUUAUUUAACUGCUCAUGUAAACAGCAUACUCUGAUUUCUUAGAUUGGAUUAAGGCCAUCAUUGUAUGUCUUGAAAUCCAAUGAAGAGGUGGAUUUCAGCUCAGUAAUCAGAUUUCUCAGUGCAUGUAACCGCAUACUUGUGAUUUCUUGUGUGAAAAUGUACCUGGAUAGACAAAGCUGUAUGUAAAAGUACACAUUGUAUAUACAGAGAAUUGAUGCAUUGUUACUCACUUACUCAACAUAUUACACUAUAACUAAUGAUAUAGUUACAGUGAAACAGUGAUUUAACGUAACCAGACAAACUGAUGGUUUCCCCUUUGGCCUGGUUUGUCAUGUGCUUCUGAUUAGGUUAAUGUUCUGAAACACUUCUCGGUGCAAAGCUGUAAGUUAUACGUAGACUUGCUCAGGACUACUGUAGACAGUUGAAAUUUCUAAGGUGCCUCUCAUAAAUUUGUAGCAGAAAAAACAUUUUGAUGUAAACGCUUUGAAACAGCCUCCUGGAAGAUACACUGAGGUUUACACCCAGGGAUAGUACAUUGAUCUUGGUAGCAACCAAUUGCUGACAUGUAUCAAGUUUUGUAGUACCACUAUUUAAUAAAUAUAGAGAUAGAAACAUGUUACCUGCUAGUCAGGACGCUAAAGCUGAUGUGCAUCCAUUUUGAAUGGCUUAUUUAUCAAAACUGUAUCUGCAUGUUGUGAUGGUGUUUGGGAGAUGCCCAGUUACAAUCAGAACUAAGUUUCUAGUUUGACUACAUCUCCUAGUAGCCUGUGGCAAAGUAAAUUUUCAACAAGAGAAAUGUAGCGUAGUGCAGUUGCUUGAUCAAAGCUACUGGGUAGAUUACAUCUACAUUGAACUCAGGUACUGUUUUGUUAUAGCUUCUGCUGUUAAUAUUGAUAGGCUGUAAACUUCAGAGAGCAAACAACUGCAAGAUUAGCAGAUUGUGAGGUAAGCAGUGAGUGUUCAAAUUUUUAAGAUAUUGACUGUCAGCAAGUAAGAUAUUACUUUUUUUUUUUUUCUUGAAUGAGCUGGGAAGUACUUUGGACAUCUCAGAGGUCAAUCUCCCCAGGAGAAGCUUGAUACUGUGUUUUUCCUAGCCGAAUCCCCAAUAUGAGGAUCUUGGCAUCAGGCACUAUCACGUAGGCAUGUUUUGGCCACAGCUUUUCUGUUUUGGAUAAGGGUGAAACCCAUAGUGCUCUAGACAUUGCUGUGGAAUUUGUGACUGUUGACAUCAAGGCUGUAAUUUUCAGUGUAAUCAUCAAGGUGAGGGGAGGUGCCUUCUGUUGUUUCUCAUUGCCAAAGCAAAUUGAAAACACAAAGCACAAUGGGCCUGAGAAAGGCUACAGUUAAGACAUUCAGCCAGUGUAUCCUCAUUAAAUAGCCCAUGGAUCUAAUCUUUUGUGUUUCUGCAGAAUAUGAGCUUCUAUCAUCUUAUUUGGAUGUUUCUCUCCAUUUCAGCAAGUAAUCAAAAGAUGAUAAUUGCCUCAAUUAAAAGAAAACAGAUAAAUAGUUCUGAUUUAAGCCGACAGUUCUGAUCCAAGCUUGCAUUAAAGAUGACUUAGGCCUAAACUCUAUCCAUUAAGGUCUUGUGCUUUGCAGUUUAUUGCUUUCAUAAUUCCGUUUGUUUGUUUUGUGUGUGUGUGUGUGUAUACACACACACACACA